CGCGGUGGUGCGGGGUGUAACGGAUGUUGUAGUCCGGCCGCUCUUGUGGCUGGUCCAGCUACAUCCACCGGCAGGAUGUCGGAGGUGCGGCUGCCCCCGCUACGCGCUCUGGACGACUUCGUUCUGGGGUCGGCGCGUCUGGCGGCCCCGGAUCCGUGCGAUCCGCAGCGGUGGUGCCACCGUGUUAUCAACAACCUCCUCUACUACCAGACCAACUACCUUGUCUGCUUCGGCUUCGGUCUCGUUCUGGCCGGGUACAUGCGCCCGUUGCACACCCUCCUAAGCGCGCUGGUAGUGGUGGUGGCCCUUGGCGUGCUGGUGUGGGCAGCUGAGACUCGCGCAGCCGUGCGCCGCUGCCGCCGCAGCCACCCUGCCGCUUGCUUGGCCGCGGUGCUUGCCGUCGGUCUCCUCGUUCUCUGGGCCGUAGGCGGCGCUGGGACCUUCCUGCUCAGCAUCGCAGGGCCCGUGCUUGUGAUCCUGGUGCACGCCUCGCUGCGCCUGCGCAACCUCAAGAACAAGAUUGAGAACAAGAUCGAAAGCAUUGGUCUCAAGCGGACGCCAAUGGGGCUGCUACUGGAGGCGCUGGGACAAGAGCAGGAGGCUGGGUCCUAGGGACCUGGGAUCUGUACUCAAGACCUGGAGAGCGCCACCCCCACGCCGGGCUGUACCGCAGACCCAGAGCCCUUUCCCAGCCCUUAAAAUAGGAGCCCCCUCCCCAGUUCAAAAAGCAGGACAUCUGUGACCCUCCCCCCAGGUCCAAAACUGGGAUAUUCCUCAUACCCAGCGCCCAUUACCUAAAGGACCAGAGUCUUCCCCAGCCCUGAACUUGGGACCCAGAGCCACUGGCAUCCAACCCACAGCUGGGGCUUGGAGACCAGAGCAUCCAUGGCCAACCUCAAACUCUGGACCUAGACACUCCCCCCACCCCAGUCUGGGACCCAGCCAUCUCCCAUGCUCAGCCCCAAAGCUGGGAUCUGGGACCAAGGCAUUCUCAAAUCUUGAACCCUGAACCAAGGCUUUUCCAGACCCCACCGCAGCUUUGAACCCAGGUCAAGGCAUUGCCAAAUCUUGAACCCAGGACCCAAGUGUGUCCAGCUCCCAUCUGGGCAGAGGAUUCAGGUAUCCUAACCUUGUUGAACCCUUGGUCCCAGGUGACUCCAACACUCACCAGUUCCACUUGCCUCCCUCCCUCUCUGCUUAGGGAGUCUUCCCCUCCCCCACCAAAGUUCCUCAGUGGUGAAGACCAAGGGGUGAGGUGGGGUGGGGGCUGCGUGUACCAGGAAUGGGGCAUAUAUAUCAGUGUUGCUGCAACAAUAAAGGCUGUUGCAUCGUUCAAGCCA